AUGUCUGGGAGCAUAGUCGCGGGCUUUCUGUUCCGGCCCUCAGGGGUGCAGACUACUAUGCCAUCUUGGGCAUCCCCAAGAAUGCCGACCAGGCAGCCAUCAAAAAGGCGUAUCGAGCCAAAUCCUUGGAGUACCAUCCGGACAAGUGCGCCGAUGACAAGGAGCAGUGCCAGACAAAGUUCAUCGAAGUGUCUUCAGCCUACGAGGUCCUCAGUGAUGCCGAGAAGCGGAAGGCUCGCAUUAAAAGGGGUUCUCCGUCUGGUUCUUAUUAGGGAAUGGGGGAAUGGAUUAUGGAGAUUAUUAUUGUGGAUUAUAAAGCUAGGUAGGGCUUUGGGACAUUUUAUACUUGCUCUUAUUGGGCUUAAGAGGAUCUUAUUUACUAAUAUUUUUCAGAGGCUUUAA